AGCGGCCCGAGUAAACUCACCACUGCUCACUUGUGCCCUAACAGGCUAUAAUAUUGACCGUCACACAGUAGAUCUGGGACAUAAUUUUUGCUUUCCCAGAGUAGAUGAGACCACUCGGUGUGGGAGUACCAAUGUAAUUGUAGAGUCAUUUGUAGGAUAAUAACAGACAAAUAAAGAAAUGCACUGAUGUCUAAGUUUCUUAACUCUCCACAGUUGCCUCCUGGGACAAAACCUCUGCCUACUCAAGUAGCAGGACACAAGUAUGGAGAUGGUAAAAUAGGAUGUUUAGAGGUUGAUGAUGGUACCAUACUUAAACAUGUGCAGCGUCCACCUAAAGGUCAGAGAGAGUUAGACUUUUAUGAUGAAGUCUUCAAAUCAACCGACGACAACACAUUGAUAGAACUUAGACCAUUUGUACCAGAAUUUCAUGGUGUUAUCAAUGGUGAAAAAAAUGGGGGUGUAGCCAAACACCAGUACUUGAAGUUAGAGAACUUGAUAAAGAAACUUUCCAAGCCAUGUGUUUUGGACAUAAAGAUGGGGAGGAAGACAUAUGAUCCGGAAGCUUCACCAGAGAAAGUAGCUUUAGAAAUAGCCAAAUUCCCUCCUGUUAUGCAGCUUGGCUAUCAGUUCUCAGGAAUGCUGAAAUUUGAUAUAGACAAAAACAAAAUGGUGAAAUAUGAUAAAUAUUUCUGUAAAAAGUUAACAGAGAAAACAAUGACUGUUGAAGGAUUAGGUGAAUUUUUUCGUCAAGGAAAACAUUACAGAAAAGACUAUAUUCAAACAGUUAUAGACAAAUUAAAAUCAAUAGAAACCUGGUUUUUAAAUCAGAAGAAAUAUGCAUUUUAUGCAAGUUCAUUGCUGUUUGUGUACAAUGCAUCUGUGGACAGUACUGAAGGACAAGAUAUAGUGUUGUGUUCCGAAGGAAAGGAAGAAAAACUGGACAGUAAGGAUGACAAAACAAUAGACAAAGAAAGUGAAUCAGACAAUAAUAAAACUGACGAUCGGCUCAGGGAGGAAGGAAGUGAUGAAACUAAAAAUACGUCUAGUAACCAUAGCAAUCCAGAACGAAGUUUUGUAGAUGUACGCAUGAUUGAUUUUACCCAUGUGUUUCCGUCAGAAGACCGAGAUGAGAAUUAUAUAUUUGGAUUACAAAACUUGAUAAAACAUUUACAAUCUCUACUCGAGCUGUAAUUGUUUUUUUUACCAGAAAUGUGCAAAUUUGUGAGAGUGCCUUAAUGUUUUCAGGUCAACACUAUGUGUAGCUUUUUAUUUUGACUUGCACUAGAUAUUUUAUAAGAGGUGUAUUUUUUUGUACAAGAAGAAUUCUUAACAUGCUUCAAAGAUCUCUGACAUUAUAAUUCAUAAGGCAUUGAGAAAAAGGUAUAAAUUUUUCAAUAACCUAGUCAACCCUAUUAUAUGCACCUGUCUCAAAUAAUGAAAUAAUCUCUAUUUUUUUCCCUGGCAUAUUUUUUUCAAAAGAUCUUUCAACUUUAAUAUAGACUUCAAGAAAGUUUUGAUUUGCACUGCCAUUUGUUGAUACCCUGGCAAAUUCAUAUAUCCAUGUUAGAUCUGAUUUGUCUUUCUCUGCAUUUGACAGUUGUUGUACUGUAGUUUUAUUUUUUUAAAACUUUUAAUGGCCAAUUUUCAAUUUUUCCGUCUUUCGUGAAGACUUUUACUAAAUCUGUUUUAAUGGGUCAUUCUCUGAAGACUUGAAUGCCUGUAAAGUAGAACUUCGGAGGAGUUAUUUCCCUUUUUUAGUGUUUUAUUAAUUUCUCAUCUUAGCUACCCAUACAUAGAAAAAAGCUUCCUGGAAUGGACAGUCAAUCAAAUUAUAAUGAUUUUUCUCAGGUGAUAGUAAACCGCAUUGUUCAAAAUAUUAACAUAAAUGUAACAUUUUCAAGCUGAUGUGUUCAUAGGUAUAUUUAAGGUGUCUAAAAUCUCUUCAUAUUGUUUGGAAUUCAAAGAUGGUAUUCAGGGAUUACAGUUUUUCAAGAAGACUGUGCUUGAAUGAACUACCAUGAGCCCAAGGAUAAGAUAUAUACCGAAUGAUUAAGUCUAAGGGACAAAAAUUGAUUUCUGAUAAAAUAGCAAAUUGUUUUUGAGGGGUGAAACUUGAUGCAAGUUAUCCAACCUUGAUUUGUUUUGUUGAAAAAAUAUGUAUCAAAGUAUAAAAGACAUAGUUUUUGACCUUUCAAACAAAUAAAAGCCAUCAUAUAUUAUGUAAAGAUCUGUGUAAACAUUCCUUUUUGUCAUCUGUAAAAUAUUCAUUUAAAUUUUUGUCACAUAGGGAAUAAUAUUUUGCUAUUGUAUGUGUUUGCUUGAGUAUUGUAUUGAGUAUUGCUGUAUAGGAUAACCUGAAACAAAGUACUGUGUUUCUAUAGAAGGAUGCAUUCCUAUGAUAAUGUCUAGAAGACUGAUCUUUUGUGCAGACAAUAUUAGAUCAAUAUCUUUGUGGUAGCUAUGAAAGUUGGAUAGAUAAUGCUUUGGAAAAAUUAGAAAGAAAAUUUAAUUGAGUAAUGGAACAUGUGAAAUAUUAUACAAACCUUGAUCAACUGAUGUUGUAACAAACAAAACCACAAACGGUGCAUUAAGUGUGAAACACUUUGGAGUUAUAUCAUUAAAACAUCAUUAGUGUAUAUUUCAUGUGAAAUGAACUAAAUCACCUUUUGUUUGUUGUGGUGUAGCAGUUUGACACAUUGGUAAUUACAUAUAUAGUUAUAAAAGGCUCCUUACAAUAAAACUGUAUGUAAUGUAAACUGUGGUUUAGGAAAAAGGAUUUUUGCACCUCACUGACAAUCCAAUAAUAAUCAGAAUUAGUGUAACUUCUAAUUUGAAACCAAGUCAAAAACACACACCCCAGUAAUAGUGUACAAUUACCAGUCAAACCAGUUCUAUGUGCCACAACCCCUUCUCCUUUUACAGAAUGAAUUCCUUCUCUUUAUUUUUUAUCUGUUUUAAAAGACACAAAAUAUAAAAUACAAAGAGGUCAUAGUUGAGAAAUGUAAUGAAUUAAUGUUUUCAUACAUAUUCAUUGCUUUCAAAGGUAAGCAGUGUUUUUAAAUGUUUUCCAAAGUUUUAUAAACAAUUACUUUCAUUUAGUAAGAUACAUGGAUUAAAACCACCAUGCAUUUUAUAUUUACCUAUAGAAUAUCAAUCAGUGAUCUCUUUGAUUUCUCUUAGGUCAAGUUGAACCUGGUAUCCUAUAAAAAUGAUUACUUAUAUUGACAGUUUCCUCGGUCUGUCUGGAAUAUUUUUUAAAUUUUAAAUGUUUAACAUAGGUAGAAAAUAAAGGUAGAUAGGAAGACAUAACUAGCAAGCAAAUAUUGUUCUGUAGACAGUAUUUAUUUACAUUUUCCAUGUGGUUUUAGGUGUACAUAAAGUAAAAGGUUAUCUCCCCUUAUUAUAAUUCAACAUAGUGAAUUAUUUAGACUCAUCUUAAAAUUCAUGGGAAACAAAUGAAUCUUGGGAAUUUUAGUGGUGAUUAAAACCAUUGCACUAGUAAUCAGUAACAAGCAACACAGAAAAUGACAUUUUGUUCCAAUCUGCACUAACUAAUUUUUGUUUGUGUGUGUUUUUAUUGGAAAAUCAGUGGCAUUAUUCCUUUAUAAAUUAAAAGAUUUAAGAAAAAACAAUUACAUGCUGAAUUGUUUUUUUUUGACAAAUGAAAGUUUAUAUGUCUGAAGGGACGGUACAUUGGAUCAACUGAAAUGCUAAAACAACAGUUUACUACGUCGAGGGCAGUUUGGACCAACAUUUAUCAAAUUAUACCAAAUUGACUUUCUGGUUAGGUUUUUACAUCUUUGACAAUCUCUUUUCACAAGGUUGUUAAUCAAAUGUUCCCUUUUCAGGUGAUUUUUUAUCUUCCAUUCAGUUUUUAAGGGAGUUUCUUUUUAUUUUUUAUAAAAAGAUGAAAUUCUGAAUCAAUUUGAGUUGCAAGGGAGAUAAUAACCAACACUUUUAACCACCAAUCAAAAGUAAUUGUUAACCAUAUUUAUAGAAGAUUUCAGAGUAAUAUUAACUGGUGGUACAAUCAGUUUGUCUAUUUUCUAUAGAAAAUUGAAAUUGUUAUAUUUUAUAUUGUAUCUAUUUUGUAAUAUUGUGCAUGCUCUAUGAAUAACGUAUGAAUAAUAACUGUGAUAAAUUAUAAUUUAUAUGAAUAUAUAUUUAUAUUUUGUCAAAAUUCUUGUUAAUGCAUAAAAUAUCUUUCAAGCUG